CAGGCCCAGGGCCCCAGCCAGUGCCCAGCCCCGCUGGGAGCCCCGGCCAGCACCACGGACGGCACCCAGGAAGCCCGAGUGCCCCUGGACGGGGCCUUCUGGCUCCCGCGGCCCCCGGCUGGUUCCCCCAAGGGCUGCUUUGCCUGCAUGUCCAAGCCCCCCGCGCUGCAGGCUCCUGCAGCCUCUGGCCCCGAGCCCUCAGCCUCGCCCCCCAUGGCACCCACCCUGUUCCCCAUGGAGUCCAAGAGCAGCAAGACGGACAGUGUGCGGGCGGCCGGCGCGCCCCCCACCUGCAAGCACUCAGCGGAGAAGAAGACCAUGACCAAUCCCACGACGGUUAUCGAGGUCUACCCGGACACCAGCGAGGUCAAUGACUACUACCUGUGGUCCAUCUUCAACUUCGUCUACCUCAACUUCUGCUGCCUCGGCUUCAUCGCCCUGGCCUACUCCCUCAAAGUCCGGGACAAGAAGCUCCUCAAUGACCUGAACGGUGCGGUGGAGGACGCCAAGACGGCCCGACUGUUCAACAUCACCAGCUCGGCCCUGGCUGCUUCCUGCAUCCUGCUGGUCUUCAUUUUCCUGCGGUAUCCACUCUCCGACUACUGAGCGCCCAGCAUGUGGGCGGCCCGAGCACACCCGCUCGUGUCCAUGCCGGGUCAUGCCAGGGGUUGUGCUUCCGCCCUUGGGGUCUGGGAGGCCUGGAGGGAGCCGGCCCACCACUCCGUCUCCUGCCUCUGCCCUUGUGUGUGUGCGUGUGCAGGCCUUGGGCUGCCCCUGUACUGUGCACCCUGGCUUCUGGCGGCUGCCCUCUUAUACCCUCCCCA